AUGUCGAAUUUAACCGUACCCCUUGCUGCACUCGCCGUAACAGUUAGCAGCCUCGUUAGACCCACGGGUCGAGCAACGCUGCUAGAAGAUGUCCAGGCCAACAUCAAGACCUUCUCACCCUACCAGUCCGCCGCCAUUGUCCUUGGUCAAUCUAUCGACUUGAUUAACUGGCGAUUGACCAACAUCGCGGAAAUACAUGCUAGUCUUUGGGCUCUCGCUGGCGUCCAGUUCUAUGUGCCCGAGACCCAGUCCAUGACAUCGGAACUGAGCCAUGGGGUACUGGUCACCUCGGCGCGUCGCAUAUUCCUCGUCGGAGUCGCUCUGCCUUUUUACCUUUUCUUGGUCAUGUCUUCCUGCCACUGGAUUAUCAAAUGGUCCACCACUUUUCUGCUUGCAGAAGCAGCAAUGAUUGAGCUGUCGGCUUGUUAUUUGAAGGUAUCGUGUUCCGGUGUCGUGUUCCACACAGACUGGCCACAGCACCCAAUUGUUGGCAAACGAUUUUUCGCCUCCGGCCCAUGCCCAGGAAAUCAUAUCCAAGAGCCCAUCGAAAGAACCACUAUUCACAGGAAUAAUGAGAAUGGCAAUGAUCAUGGUCAACACACUGCAGGGGAAAAUCUUUGUGAUAGGGUGCGCCAUAUCUGGUCCCCAGACACUCGUCCAAAUAAAGAACUUCCCGUAGGACGACAUCCUAUGGAGAACAUCCCAAACAUCGCGCACAUUACAUCUCCAACCGGUCCCGUGUUGGUAUCUUGGACAUGUGGACAUUGGCGUUGUCUUCUCUAUAUGCUCUUACGCCUUCCCGUCAAAGCACUCUUUUACUCUGUCGUGAUUUUUGAUUUCGCAUUGGCAGCGUGGUUCUUGCACGACAACAUGCAGACCGUUUCGAUUCCCAUAUCUCGGUUUCUGUUAGCAAAGCGACUUCUCAAUGACCUGCUCACAUUCACAUUUCUAUGCGCGGUUCUCAUUGUCGUGGGAUUUACGAUCUAUCUCGUUUUGGUGGUAUUGGUGCCUCGGAUAUUCCGUGCAUUUGGCUUCUUUCAGCCGAUGCGGAGAUUUCGCGACAUCAUUCAUGACCUUCCAUCCUCGGUCAAAGGCGUUGGUCGAUAUGGAGUCUUCUGUAUAUCGAUCUUCAUGUCAUGGAAUGUUGCUCGCCUUUUAAUGAAGCGCGACCCAAUCCUGACCGAUUCAACACUUUCGUACAUCAUCGAGCUCCUCGUCAUGCCUCAAGUUACUCUGUCGAUAUAUCGGCGCAUUUUCGUUCCGCCAAAUUCAGGUGAUCAAAUGCAAGACGCGAAGCAGCCCCACUAUGCCUCUGAAUUUGUGCCAAGUGAUUUGCCAUCCACGGGCAAGGUAGACGAGAGCGAGCAGUGCAGCGACGACAAGAUUAAGCAGGAAGCCAGGGAAAAACGGCUCAUAUCAUCCUGGACCACAUUUCGCUUAGCCAUACUCCUACCGAAUGCCGCUAUUUGGAUCUUUCGCCGGUCUACAAGCACUGAUUAG